AUGGUUAUCACACGUAGCCAGAGUGACUUGACGGAGUUGGAGGAGCAGAGGCGGGCCUCUGAACGACGAGACCCGGGCCUGCUCGCAUCGCUGCAGCGUCGGGAAGCGGAGAGGAUAGCUAGGGAGCGGAUGCGUCGCCUCUCCAUGGACCCGCCGGCAUCACCGCAGGUAGAACAAUCCACUUUAUUAGCCACUGAGCAUGCUGUCGCUGGACCUUCAUCUAGGUCAGUGAGGUCGACUACCAGCGCGACCACGCGCUUAAGGCUUGCCGAGUUAGAGGCAGCUGAAAAGCUGGCUGCUCUCACCCGUCGAGAGCUGGAAAUGGAAGCUGAGCUGGUGAAAAAGCGGCUUGCCGCUGAAGUAUCUGUAAUUCAGGACGAUCAGGAGAGCGUGCAGGACGAGGCCCUGCACGAUGAUCACCAGCACCAGCAUAAUAAGGUAAGCCAGUGGCUGAAUACCCAUACCCCCGCUGCACGGGGGGAGGGGGCCGCACAUACUGCGGAAGAACACAGACCAGCGCGAGAUGAACGGCCGCGGGAGAGGUCGCCGUCUAGAAAUAGAAAUAGUAUAGAUCAACUUGCUGUAACAUUGGAAAAGAUGGCGCGCCCUCGGCUGAGGCAUACGGACCUGCCGGCGUUCUCUGGAACGGUGAGUGAGUGGCUUGCAUUCAAGGCAGCCUUCAAUGAUACUACCAAUAUGUAUACAGUGUCCACGGCUGAGAACCUUCAGCGGCUCAGGACGUGCCUCAAGGGCGAGGCACGGGAGGCGGUAGCAGCACUGCUGCAUACAGCAACUGAUCCGGCUGUAAUAAUGAGAACGCUGGAACAGUGUUUUGGUCGGCCAGAAAUGAUUAUCGACAAGGCGCUGGACGAGUUGAAACGCGUGCCGCGGCCCGGAUCUUCGGCGGCAGAGUUAAAUAGCUUUGCAGUUAAGGUACAAAAUACAAUAUGCACACUCAAAGCCAUUGAUCGUCGCGGAUAUCUAUAUAAUCCGUUACUUACAAGGGAAAUUUUGGAGAAGCUGUCACCACACCUGAGAUCGAGAUGGUGUGACUUCGCCUGCGAUAACGAGGGUACUGCGGAGCCAGAGAUAUGUAGCCUAGCACGUUUUUUGAUGCGCGAGGCGGACAGGGCGCUGAGAUAUACUUACUCAACAGUAGCGAGCGCCUCGACUGCCGGUCAGAAACGGGAGGUCCGGCCUGCAGCAUCUAAGUUCCCAGUCGCCGGCAAGAAAAAGCAAGGUGCAGUAUAUGCCGCUAUUGAGACAGCGGCCGAUCAAUGUUUCCUAUGUAAAGAAAACCACGCGCUGACACAGUGCCCCAAAUAUAAGGCCAUGGAUAUAGGCCAGCGCUGGGAGUUUGUUAAAGAAAACGGCAUUUGCUUUAAAUGCGCCGUCAAGAAACAUCGGCGCAUCUUAUGCCGGGCAAAGCCGUGCGGCCAGAACGAGUGCCGCCGGCCGCAUCACGUGACCUUACACUCCGAUCCUCCUGCCAAGAAGGAGGAAACAGUCACACCCAAGACACAGGCGGAGGAAGCAGUAAUGUCGGUAGCCAACCGAGCCGCCGCCGACAAUAGGGCCGUCCUGUUGAAGAUGUGCCCCGUGGUCAUAGGAGGACCACGGGGGGAGGUAAGGACCCACGCGCUCCUCGAUGAAGGAGCAACUAUCACAUUAAUUGACAGCAGCCUGGCAGAAAGUAUUGGCGCAGAAGGCACCGUGCGGCCACUGCACAUCUGCGGCGUCAACAUGUCCUCGCAGGAGGAGGACAGCCAGGUGGUCACCAUUAAGAUAAGAGGGGUGGGCAAGGAGUGCUCGCCCCACCAGCUUCAAGCAAGGACAAUUAAGGAUCUGAAGCUGCAUCAGCAAACAGUGCCGGCGUCGCUGCUUGGUUAUAAGCACCUGCGGGACCUGCCGGCAAAUGAGGUUUGUUACGCGCCUACACGUCCAGGAGUAUUGAUUGGAACGGAUCACUGGGAACACAUUGUCUCGCGAGAACUCCGGGUCGGAGGUCCGAACCAACCUGCUGCAUCAAGAACACAGCUGGGUUGGGUGGUGCAUGGAACAGCACCUCGGACGCUCGUGGCCACUGAAGGUGGAGUGCUACAUAUUCAUGAACGAGACAUGAAAGGUGAUAAUCAACUUCAUGAACUUGUGGAGGCGCAUUUUAAAAUCGAGGCCCUAGGUGUCACUCACAAGCCAAGAGUGAGCGACGCGGACCGUCGAGCACAGGCCAUCGUGGAGGCCACAACCACAGCCAUCGAGGGCGGCUACCAAGUGGGGCUGCCGUGGCGAGAAGACGCAGUGUCCAUGCCGCCUAGCUAUAAGGCGGCACUACGAAGACUGAUCAAAAUUGAACAGAAGAUGGACGCCGCGCCUGAAUUCGCGGUGCAAUAUACAUCGCAGAUAGAUAACCUACUGGAUAAAGGUUAUGCAGUGCCAUGCGACGGGACGGAGAAGGCCAGCCCCAAGUGCUGGUACCUUCCACACUUCGCGGUGCAGAACCCAAACAAGCCAGGUAAGCAAAGACUUGUGUUUGAUGCAGCAGCCCGAAGCAAUGGUGUGUGUCUUAACGACGCACUCCUGGAAGGCCCCGAUUUACUGCUCUCCCUCCCAGGCAUUAUAUUCAGAUUUCGAGAGAAGGCUGUGGCCAUCACAGCUGAUAUCCAAGAGAUGUUCUUGCGUAUAAAAAUACGCCCCGAAGAUCAGCCAGCUCAGCAGUUCCUCUGGAGAGGAAAGGACAGGAGCAGCCCGCCUCGAGAAUACAAGAUGACAAGUAUGAUAUUCGGCGCGGCGAGCUCUCCAUUCAUGGCGCAUUAUGUGCGCAACCACAAUGCUGAGCUGCAUGGCGAGGAGUGCCCGCUGGCACUAGACGCCAUCACACGCCAUCAUUACAUGGACGAUUUGGUGGUAAGUUAUGAUAACGCCGACGAGGCACACACUGCAGUACAAGAGUUACAGAAAGUACACGCCGUCGCCGGGUUCACGCUAAGAGGAUGGAGCUCCAACGAUCCAGGAGUUCUGCGCAGCGUACCUUCAGAGCUGCACACUACUGCACCUACACAACUGGGUGGUGAGUUGCCUGCCAGCAAAAUAUUAGGCCUAUACUGGAGCGCUGAACGUGACGAGCUCGGGUUCAACACUGCAAUGAACCGAGUGCCAGCCGAGGUGCGCAACCGAAAGCGCGCACCAACGAAGAGAGAGGCUUUGAGCGCAGUCAUGUCAAUCUAUGACCCGCUUGGGCUUCUAAGUCACUACACAGUAAGGGCGAAGAUUAUCCUUCAGAACCUAUGGAGGCUCCAAAUGUCUUGGGACGACUCCAUUCCACAAGAGGACAAUGAACAGUUCUCGGAAUGGUUGUCGCAACUGUCAAACCUAACCGAUUUAAAGCUGCCCAGGUGCUACGAGACAACCCACCAUGAUGAGCGUGAACUGCAUGUGCUGUGUGACGCCAGCGAGCAGGCAUACGCUGCUGUGGCGUACUGGCGGAUGCCGAACAAGGACGGCGCCGCAGACGUCGUGCUGGUCGCUGCCAAGGCCAAGGUGGCGCCGCGGAAGGCGCAGACCAUACCGCGCUUGGAGCUGCAAGCCGCGGUCAUAGGGGCCAGGCUAGCCGAAGCUAUAAGAAAAGAGCAUCGGCUUAACAUAACAAGAACCGUCUACUGGACGGACUCAACCACAGUCGUGCACUGGAUACAGCACGACGCGCGGCGAUACACGCCCUUCGUCGCGCAUCGCCUCGGCGAGAUCGCCGAGCUAACUUCAAAGGAAGAAUGGCGUUGGCUUCCAACGCAACUUAACGUGGCGGAUGACGCCACACGUUUAACUGACGCACCCAUUGGUGCAAGUGAUAGAUGGUUUCAGGGUCCGAGUUUCCUCCAGAGCGGCGAGCACUGCUGGCCUUGCCGAGCCAGCCCCGAAGAUGACGACGAGCACGAGACGCUGCACGUCGCCGAGGCCCCUGCAAGCUGGCUGCCUAACCCAGCCCGCUUCUCCCGCUACAACGUGCUGGUGAGGGCCACGGCGAGGGCGCUCUUGUUCGUUGACAAGUGUCGGCGCGCCGCCACCACGCUCGAGCUCCGCCACAUUGAACGAGCGGAGAAGGAGCUGCUGCGACGCUCCCAAGAAGAGAGCUUCGCGGACGAGAUGGCGCGCAUGCAGUCGGCGCGUCCCCUGCCACGGACGAGCCGGCUGUACAAGCUGGAUCCCGUCAUGGAGGACGGGCUACUCCGGGUGCGAGGCCGCAUCGAGGCGGCUACUGCACCAGCCGAAACCAAACGGCCAGUCAUACUGGACGGCCGUCACCCACUAACUAAGCUUUUAGUACAGAAGGAGCAUUGUGCUGCGGGUCACGCCAACAGGGAGCGCGUGACCAACGACCUGCGGCAGCGCUACUGGGUGCUGCGACUGCGCCCUACCGUGCGCGCCGUCGAGGCCAGCUGCGCUUUCUGCCGGCGCAGACGCGCCGUGCCCCGGCCGCCAGCUACAGGCGACCUGCCCCGUGCCCGCCUGGACCCGUUCCACCGCCCGUUCACCAACUGCGGGGUGGACUACUUCGGGCCCAUGAACGUCAAGGUGGGCCGUCGCCGAGAGAAGAGGUGGGGCGCGCUCUUCACGUGCCUGACGUGUCGCGCUGUCCACCUUGAGCUGGUGGCUUCCCUGUCAACGGACUCUGCCAUCAUGGCGCUGCGCCGCAUGGCUGCGCGCAGGGGAUGGCCGAGCAUCAUGUACUCCGACAACGGCACCAACUUCAGAGGUGCCGACGCCGAGCUUCGAGCAGCAUACAACGAGUGGUUGCCGGCCCUGAAAGAAGUAGGGCUGGCGGCCAAGAUGGAGUGGCGGUUCAUACCGCCUGGCGCGCCGAACCAGGGAGGCGCCUGGGAGAGGAUGGUGCGAACCGUCAAGUCGGCUCUCGGCACCACGCUCCACGAGAGGGCGCCCUCCGAAGAAGUCCUGCUGACCCUGCUGACUGAGGCAGAGUUCGCAGUCAACGCGCGCCCCCUGACUCACGUGAGCGUGAAUCCCCUCGACCCCGAGGCGCUCACCCCCAACCACUUCCUGUUGGGCUCAUCAACGGGCCUGCCCACUACGGGCCCAUGCGACGAGGCGGACCGCAGAACCUGGCGGGCCGCUCAAGCGCUCGCUGACCGGUUCUGGGCGCGCUGGGUGCGCGAGUAUCUACCCUUGCUCGCGCCCCGAGGCGAGCCCCAGAACAACGAGCGACCACUGCAGACCGGCGACGUGGUUCUCAUCGCCGACGGGACGCUGCCGCGUAACGUCUGGCCGAUGGGGAUCGUCGAGCGCACACAUCCUGGACCUGACGGCGGCAUCAGAGUCGCCGAGGUGCGGACACGAACGGGAGUCUUCCGGCGCCCAGUCAGCAAGCUCGUCGUCCUCGUGAAGGAGGAGGCUACGCGUGCUGCGCCGGGGGGAGAGCUGUUGCGGACGCCGAGCCUGCAGUAG